AUGACCUUUGACAACUCGCUCGCAAAUAAUCUCAGCCUCCCUCCGACGAUACAUGCCCACACUUACACCGACUACUCCUAUCCGAAACAAACGUAUGACAGACCCGAUCCGGAGGGGGAAUCAGCUCCACUUCCCACUGUGGACGGGCAAGUUGAUCAGCCAGGCCGUUCAUUAUAUAUUGGAGAUAGUUCCCAAGGUCGCAGACCCUCCGGUUCAUCGUUAACUGUACCACUGGCCUCGCUGUUGAGACCCAUUGAUGUAACCUAUCUGGGCUAUACUGAUUCAGAUCAAAUAAACAGACCUUCCUCUCUUCAGUCACCCCUAAACACUGGCCAGCUGGGCCCAAGCCCGGCUUCUGGCACCGUCUACCUCGGCGGCGAAGUGUUUACACAAGCUCCACGAGCAGGCAGUCUGCGGCCAGCGCCCAGUCGUGAAAAGCAUGGAAUGGAUAGACUGAUGCGGAGUUCGACUUCACGCCCUUUAAUCGGCUCGAACUCGACACUCAUGGCAGCUGAACCACUUGAUGGCGAAUACCUCGGCUGGCCUUCUGGGAUGAAGACGAUACAAGCAAACACCCCCCAUUUAUAUCUGGGCGGAGAUUAUUUACUGUCAAAAGAGGAAGAGGGUCCUCAUGUGUAUCUGGGUAGGGACUAUGAAGAGGAGGGUGAGAAGUGCAUAGAGGAUGGCUCGUCCGGAAAAAAAUAG